UGAGACGCAAACUUUUCUUUCGCCAAAGUGAACGCCAAAUGAGAUGGAAGCAACCUCUUCUUCCUCCAGGUUGUAAAGUAGACAAAACUAAACUCGCCCGUAAUCUAGUUGCAGUCGGAAUAGAGGCGCCAGUUGAUGCGGAGAUAUGUGCGAUAAAUGUCGGUAUACGUGGUAAGGGAUGGCAGCCAUGAUCAUCGCGCGGUUGUCCCGUUGAGAAAACUGACCCCUCCCCCGCUAUUAAUGACCAACAGGAUGGACAUUAAAUCAUCAGAACUUCGAUCUGUCAUAAUUUCUAUGACACUUUUCUUCCUCUCAUCUGUAAAAUGUGAGAUCCGAUGUUACUGUAACCAAGCAUCCUGUGUAUCUACAGGAUACAUGUGCAAAUCAUCCUCCUUCUGCUUUAGCGAUGUGACAAUCGGAGUACAUGGAUGCCUUGAGAAGCGACGAUGUGUGGGACUCCGAUGCUGUAGGGAGGAUAUGUGCAAUUAUCUAGAGGCCCAAAUGCAAACUUUUAAAGCACCCAUAUCAGGCUCAAUUGGAGAAGAACAUUUCGAUGAUUCCAGAAGCAUUUCUCUAACUGAAGGAGCACUUCGAAGGGAGGUAUGGCUGAAGGCAGCCAUCAUUGCUGUUCCUGUUGCAGGAAUCUGUAUCUUAAUUUUAUUGGUUGCUAUAGCAGCCAGAAUGCUCAAACAGGACGCUGAGCGACAGAGGCGACUCCUGGAGCUCAGGAGGGUGUACGGACAUUCCAUAAGAGACACUUUGCUUCCAUGGAGCAAGGAAAAAAGUUCGACGAUAGUCUAGUCUAAAUAGAACAUUUAUUAAAGUCUAUCCAUGUCAGUAUGAACAAAGACCUGUAAGAUUAGGACCAAACGAGCUUGUUCUGCAACACCCAUAUAUAAACCCCUACAUAAACAAUCAUUGUUUGAGUCUGUAUUAGAGUUGGAUCUUGAAUUGAUGAUUCAAACAAUCAUUUAGUGAUUAAAAUGAAGUCAGGGUUUGUAUCAAUUCUUAAAACGCUUUAAACUAUUUUUAAGGUUUUUAAAAAAGGUUUAUUUGUCCUUUAUUGACUCUUAAUCUUUUCUUAUAAUUUGCCUAGUUCCUGUGGAACAAUUAAUUAUUCUGCAGGAUAAUUAAUUGUUCUGCUGGAACUUGGUGCAAAAUAAUUGUUCCAGCAGAACAAUUAUUUUUUGCUAUUGUGUAGUUGCCGAAGGUUUAAGUUCUUCACGUCACUUUAUUUGAUUACGAACCCUGAAAUUCGUUUUGAUAAUGCUAAUACUGCCUUGCAAUUGAAAAAAACAAACAACGUAAGUGCUUAACGAUUGAUUCCGAGAAAAAUGGCUUGACAACUAUUUUCCUUCUAUUACUAAUAGCUGUGAGCGUUAAAAUGGAAUUUCAAAAAACUAAUAAAACCAAAUUUAGUUUUAAAAAAAUUCUUUUGCAAUAUGUAGCUUAGCAUACAAAGAUGCCAAAUAUAUAAAAAUCUCAAUUUUGAAAUUUUUUGUCGCUUACUUUGAUUUUUCAAUUGCACGGCAAAAUAUGUUGAUUCGUAGUAAUUUAUUACAUCUAACUUAUUCCAAUACAACCUUCUUAUUUAUUUUGAUGCUUGAUUAAAUCAGUGAUUCUAAAUUCGUGAUUUGAUUCAACUCCCAAUCGUUGAUUCACACGAAACUAGCCGGUUUCAUUUUGACAUAAAUAUCACUCAGUAAUUCUGAUCUCUUGAUUUGAAUCAGCUUAUUCAAAUGAAUGAUAUGAAUAAAUUGAUUAUAAUUUGUUGAUAUGAAUAAAUUGAUUAUAAUUUGUUGAUAUGAAUUAAAAUCCAAAAGUUAAUUUAAAUUAAUGUAAAGGGUGCUUAGCGUUUUUAAGAAGUGCUUAAAGGUGCUUAUUUCGGAUUUACAUUUUUUUUAAAAGCCCUUAAAGGUGCUUUUUUUUAUUCGGGGUAUGUAAAAAGUGCUUUAUUUUCUAUCUUUUAAAAAGGGAAUUUUUUCUAUGCCUUUUCGAUAGUCGUUCUAAAUUACAAAAAAUGUAUGAUUUUCACAAUUGUCUCUAUAAUAUUUAUCAGAAACUAGUUAUUUUAACAUGAUUAUGUAAAGUUUUUGAAAAAGUUUUAAUUAUUAAAUUUUAUUGAUUUUAUGUUUAUAAAUUACGAACUUUAAUAAACGAUAGAAAAGAAUAAUUUUUAUUACUGUACAGAUCCUAAUUAUGAUUUUUUUAUUUUAUUUGGAAGGUGAUUAAAAAUAUUUUUUGAAUGCUUAAAAAGUACUUACAAGGUGCUUAUUUUUUGUUGAAAAAUUUGGCUAUGCACCCUGAUUUAUUAUAAUUAAUUAAUUUAUUUAAUGCGCAAUACGAAUCAACCAAAUUAAAGUAUUCAUUUGAUAUGAAUCACUUCAUUUUGUAGAAUUCUAGAUGAAACAAACAAUCGAUUGAUAUAUACCAUAUGAGAAGUUGAUGUUCCUUGUUAAAGAUAUGUUAUAAACACUGAAGUUCAAACUGGAUUUCAGUUGUUAUCAUAUGGGAAGUAUAAUUCACUCCGUGAUGACUAUUCAUGACUAUGUAAAAUGACUAUUCAUGACUAUGUAAAUGAUCUCUUGUGCCUUUGUUUUAUAAAGUGUUCAUCAGUGUCCUGACUUAUUGCACAAAUCACACCAUAUUUUUGUAAAUAAUAUUUCAUAUAGAUAUAUACAUAUAUUUUCAUAAAUGCGUUUCUGGCAUACUUCAAUGCCUUUCAGUCAUAUGGAAGGGAAAUUACUUGUCUUUUAUCAGAAAUACAUGUAUUUUCGUGAUUGUAUUUCUGAUUUGUUGCGUUUAAUGCCUACCAGUCACUUGAAAGGAAAAUUGCCUCCAUUCAUCAGAAAUAAAUAUAUUUUCAUAAAUAUAUUUAAGACUUUCAGUCAUUAGGAAUAUUUUUUUUUUUCUCUAUUGUCAGAAAUAUAUAUAUUUUCAUAAUUGUAUUUCUGACUUGUGGUGUUUAAUGCCAGCCAGUCAAUUCGAAAAAAAAAAAUUACCUGCUUUCAUCAGAAAUAGAUGUAUUUUCAUAAAUAUAUUUAUUUUAUUAAAAAUCUUCACUCAUUUGAAAUAAAAUACAUAUAUUUUCAUAUUUGUAUUUUUGACUGGUGGCCAUUUAAUGCCUGACAGUCAUUUGGAGGAAAACUAUUUGUAUUUUUGCUGUCGAAUUACAAUGCAAUAUCUUUCUUCUUAUUUUAUGUGUUUUAGAACUGUAAAAAGAAAUUAUUUUGAACAUCGUGCAAGGCGAUGUUUGUUGUAAAAUAAGAUGAGAUAUUUUGGUGAUAUUAAAAGAUAUUUAUUAUA